AUGAAACUCAUUCAGAUCGCAUUGUUUUUGUCGCUGUUCCAGCUGAUAUUCUCCAAUGAAAAUGGUUCGAAAUCGUUGUGGGAUGAUGAAGAUUCCUCGUAUCAGAAACCCAUUCUCCGCAUCAGCAACAUCCACGUUUACGGCGAGUCGCGCUAUAUGAAGGCGUUCACCUACAUCCAUGACGAUCGCUACCAUUUCGAUCUGAAUUUGCGGCUCAGACAGGAGCUGGGCAGCAAUUUUCUCAUCUUCAAUUUGAAGGUGCGCGUCAGGCCCGAGGGUGGCGCGAUUUUUGUGACUCUGCUGCAGAUGAAGAACCUGGAUCUCUGCGGCUUCUUGUACGACUUUUCGGGCAGUCCCAUGCUGCGGUAUUUUCUCAAAUCGAGCAUGCAGAUGAGCGAGGUCAUUAGGUGUCCCGUGCGAGUGGGCAACUUCUCGCUGGCGAAUAUCAGUGCGUACGAUCUCUAUCCAGCGAAUCUGCAGAAUGGCACCUACAGGUUCUUCGUGGAGGUCGUCGAGGGAACCGGAGAGAUUGCCAAGGUUUUUGCUCUACAGGUGACCACGGACAUCACAGUGCCAGGCCAAGAAUAA